AUGUCUGGUCAACUCCUAUUUCUAAAAGAACCAACCUUCAAUAUGUUUACUACCGCUAUCCGAAGUUUUCACACCAGCAAUGCAUUGAAUCACAUAAUGAAGCUUACACGACUUCGAGUAGUAGAUAAUAGUACCAUUGGAAAACAAGCCAUGGCCGAGGGAAAACCACCUUACUGCAUUCACGUUUACAAUAAGACUGGUAUUGGUACUAUAGGUGAUGUAGUUUUAGUGGCGAUCAAAGGAGAGAAGAAGAAAGGAAUUAUUGUCGGCGUCGUGAAAACUCAAAAAUCUAAUAUUCCUAGAUUUGACACGAAUAAUUUAGUUUUGAUAGAUCAUAAUGGUUCUCCUUUGGGUACAAGAAUUCAUGUGCCUAUUCCUCAUAUUUUAAGAACAAGAUUAAAAGAAAAGACUUUUUCAAAGGGAGCUGAUUAUACUAAAUUAUUGUCUAUUGCUACGAGAUUCGUUUAA